AUGGCUAGCGAAGGAUUUUCACCAGAGGAGAUAGAAGCCCUCUGCCAAACACCUAAUCCUAAAACAAAGGAUUUCAUGUUCCAACAAACAAUGUACAGGAUAAAGGAUCCUCGUAAAUCCUUACCGUUUUACACCGGAGUGCUCGGAAUGACUCUGUUGAAACAGUUGCAUUUCCCGGAAAUGAAAUUCUCAUUGUUCUUCAUGGGUUACGAAAAUCCUAACGAAAUACCGAAAGACGAAAAGGAAAGAAGUCAAUGGGCCAUGUCUAGAAAGGCCACUUUGGAAUUGACUUAUAAUUGGGGCACUGAAAACGAUAACACAAUAUACCACAAUGGAAACUCUGAUCCGAGAGGGUUCGGUCACAUCGGUAUACUUGUACCUGAUGUGGAUGAAGCUUGUGAACGUUUUGAACAACAAGGUGUCAAAUUCAUAAAGAGGCCUCAAGACGGAAAAAUGAAAGGACUCGCGUUUAUACAAGACCCCGAUGGAUAUUGGAUAGAAAUAUUCACUAAUAAAGUUGUUUCGUAA